CAUUCAUUUGCAAAAGAAGUAAAAAGUAAAAAGGCUCAAGUUCAGCGAGCUCCAACACUCUACCGCGGCGCGGACUUCAGAGGAUCGCGCCAAUGAGGAGAGGCCGCCUAGAAAGUCGUAAAAGCCAGCUUCGCCAUCCGCUCUUUUACGACGUCAGGAAUGCGCACGCGUACGCGCUAUAGGACUACACCUCCCAGGAGUCUCUUUACUGCUUCUCAGCGGGGAGGGAAGCGGAAGACUACAUUACCCAGCAGCACCUCGACGGCGACAUUGGAUGGGCCCUCCGAUGUACAAGGAUUCGUCCAGAGGCGGCCAGAAACUGCGCGGUGAUUGGUCCAGCAGCCCGUCAGUUACUGGCAAGUGCAGUUAAGUUUUGCUGUUGGGCUACACUGAGAGGGAGGGAGAACUGAGCUUGAGGAGCCCGGCCGAGCCUGAAGUGUCAGCCUGAUACUCAUGGACGUUGGACGGAGCAGAGGCAGGGAUGGUUGGCUACGAUGCCAAAGCAGAAGCUAGGAGUAACUCCAAGUUGGAGGUGGCGGUGGCGGGAUCAGUGUCAGGAUUUGUCACCCGUGCCCUGAUCAGCCCUUUGGACGUCAUCAAGAUUCGCUUCCAGCUCCAGAUUGAACGCCUCUGUCCAACUGACCCCAAUGCCAAAUACCAUGGAAUCUUCCAGGCGGCCAAACAGAUUCUGCAAGAGGAAGGCCCAAGAGCAUUCUGGAAAGGCCAUGUUCCAGCCCAGCUUCUGUCCAUAGGCUACGGAGCUGUCCAAUUUUUGACCUUUGAAGAACUGACUGAACUGCUUUACCAAGCCAACCUGUAUCAAAGCCACCAGUUCUCGGCACACUUUGUGUGUGGUGGCCUGUCUGCUGGUACAGCCACCCUCACCGUGCACCCUGUGGAUGUCCUGCGCACCCGCCUUGCAGCUCAGGGUGAGCCCAAGAUCUAUAACAAUAUGCGAGAGGCCAUACGGACCAUGUAUAGGACCGAGGGCCCCUUCGUCUUCUACAAAGGCUUGACUCCGACGGUGAUCGCCAUCUUCCCCUAUGCGGGCCUGCAGUUCUCCUGCUAUCGCUCCCUGAAACGUGCCUAUGACUGGCUCGUACCACCAGACGGCAAGCAAACAGGGAACCUUAAAAACCUGCUUUGUGGUUGUGGCUCUGGAGUCAUCAGCAAGACCCUUACGUACCCCCUGGACCUUUUCAAGAAGCGCCUGCAGGUGGGCGGGUUCGAACAUGCCCGAUCUACCUUUGGCCAGGUGCGGAGCUACAGGGGCCUCCUGGACCUCAUGCGGAAGGUGUUCGAGGAGGAAGGCACCCGGGGCUUCUUCAAGGGCCUGACCCCCAGCCUGAUCAAGGCUUCGCUCUCCACUGGCUUCAUGUUCUUCUGGUACGAGCUCUUCUGUAACCUCUUCCACUGCAUAAGGAAGGAAGACAGAUAGUUGUGAGGCCUAAGGAGGGCCCAGCCACACUCGGCUCUGAGCUCAUACUGAACAAUGGCCGCUGCCUGCCUGGCCUACUGGGCCAGCUGCUGUGAGCAUGAGGUCAUCUAGAGCUGAAGGAAGGCAGAAGGCAAGGGCCUUUGCUGAGCAGACGGAAGAGAGAAGGGAGUGCUUGCCCUGUAGAAAGAAAGCUGUGCUGGAGGAGCCUGCUGUGUGCGUCUCACCUCCUAGCAGCCCGACCCAGAAGGAACUGGCCAUCUUUUUAUGCAGUCCUGGCUUUGGGGAGAUCGCUCCCGGUCUUGGUAGGAGCACACUGGGGUGCAGAUGGAUGAAGCUGGGCUCUUUGCACAAUUCUAACCUCCACAAUUUGGUCUGCUUUCUCCUGCCAACUUAUUUAAUAGACAUUAAAGUAAAAGGCGA